AUGUGUGGCCCUGCGGAGAAAAAGAUGGUCUUCCUGCAGGCGCCGACCGGCGAAGUCUUCCCGAUCUCUCACGCGGCGGUGCUGCUCGCCAAGUCCAUCCCGGACAUCCUGCACAUUUGCGGGAUCGAGUCGGUCGCCGAGUUCGGUUCCGAGCCGAUCCCCGUGCAGAAGGGAGUGACCGGCAAGUCUCUGGAGCUGUCGAUCGAGUGGUGCGAGCACUACAAGGACAUUCCGGCGCCCGAUCUCGGAGUCAUCACACCCUGGGACGCCGCCUUCUUCUAUCAGAACCGGCAGCAUCUCAAGGCGCUCUUCCUCGCCGCCAACAUUUUAUUCAUCGAAAGGCUCGAAAGCGUCGAGGAGACUGUCCGGCAGAUGGGAUUCCUCGACAAAGCAUGA